UUCCAGUUUAAUAUAGUAAAUUACCUGAAAUUUAAUUGUGCAAUGUUUUGGUUUUUAUGUGCCCUUUUUAUACAAGUGUUCACACAAGUGGCUGUUAUUUUGAGAAUUUUAAUAUCGUUGGUUACGUUGUCGAUGUUUGUAGUUUGUUUAGUGUAUUAAUUAAUAUGUCAUGUAUUAGCAACUAUUUGUCAUCGAUAGAUUACUAUUCUGUAUUUGCGUGUGGAUAAACUCCUCUCUCCUCUGCUAUCUGUAAUCUGCUUUACUUCAGAGACACCUUGUCAUGUCCACCUUCUCUUGACUGUGAUUGGCUGUCCCCUUACAGCCCACUGGCCGAGACAGAUGUCAAUCAGACUGGUUUCGUCUCAGUCGGGACAGAAAAGCAUCCAUACUCUUGUUGCUGUCAGCAGUGUUGCCGUAUUCUGAAUUUGUUCUUGGUAUCACAGGAUACUUUGUUCAUUCGGCUACAAUGAAGCAUUACUGCAAGUGAAGUGACCACCGAACCAGAGGUUGUCAUAGCCAGUGAUUGGAACAAACAGCCAGAGCGAAACCAUCAUGGAAACUGAAAAUAACGUCCCUGCUCCUGCUCCUGCUCCCACUCCUGCUCAGCUCAGCGACGACACUGCGGUGUGCAUCGUUUCUGUAAAAGGCAUGAAGGAUAACUGGCAGAAGUGGUCCAGUGAGCACCAGGAAUACCAGAAGCACAACCCCUUCAGUCAUGACACCAGGCCCAAUGUAGUAGUCCCUCAGAAGGGGCAGGAUGACUAUGGAAGGCCCCUGCAGGGCUCCAUGACGGAGCAGCGGGGGAAGGAUGCUCACACACACAUCAGCAGGGAGGUUCAGGAGCUGUGCGAGGUGAUAAGGAACAUCGGAGUGCAAAGAGACAAAGGUGGGGCCGGAAGCAGCAGCGAUGGGAAAGUGAUCACAGUAGAAUUUGGGAAACUGUUUGAGCAUUAUGUGACCAUCUCUAAUAAACUGGUGGGGAUUCUUCUCCGAGCGCGAAAGCAGAGGCUGGUUGACUUUGAGGGGGAGAUGCUGUGGCAGGGGAAGGAUGAUCAUGUACUGAUCACUUUGUUGCAGUGACCAGAAACUUGGACAAGUGUUUAUCCCUCAAUUCAUGUGGCAUGCAGCACAUGCAGAGGCCUGCAUUGAGCAACAGCACAGCAGUGCUCACUAUAGUGAACAGAUAGCAUGGGGAUUACACUACGCUAAUUUUGCUUUACUCACUUAAUGACACCUUUGUUAAGCAGAAUAAGCUUUUAUUUUGCUCAUGCAUGUAAAAGCCACAGUGGCAGAUAAUUUAGACCUCCGCUCUGAGGAAAGUACAGUAGGCGUACAAGUGCAUUUUUUCUUUAUGCUAAAAACAAAUUGAAGAAAUAUCUACAGCCCAGAGUGCAGGAGGGAGAUAAAAUAAUGUAAAAUAUCAGAAAGAAAUGGAGUGAAGUAGGUUAGUCACAAUUAAAAAUACUGUUACAAAUGUGGGUCAUAUCAGGAGAAUUUCCAAUUAGCACCAUUUCUCAGCAAUAAGAGGUCUGGCCAUCAUCAGCAUGUUGAUAUGUGAGUUCUCAAAACACAUUUAGUACUCUAAAUAGGCCAGAUCAUGUGAAACUAAAAUGCAGCUUCAUCAAUAGAAUCAUAUUUCAAGUGAUGAAAUAUGGCAGAUAUGCUAAACUUCAUCAAAAAAUAGUAGUGGUGGUCACAAGUUGAAAUUGAACUGCAGGGAUACAGCAGAUAUCAUGCAUAGGUGGGGUUCAAUCUAAUAUUGCCCACCUCCAUUGCAGUGUUUUCUGGAGUGAUUUGGUUGCUUGAAAAAUGUUCAUGUAUAUACAUUAUUACGACCCUAUUGUUCUCUUCUGAGCAAACCCUUUUUCCAUAUGUCCCUACCAGCUUUUCAAUGUAGGGAAAGUAGAGAAGUGAGCCGCUGAAACGAGACUGAACCACAGCCAAAGAGAACAUGAGGCUGCCUGUGACAGACAAUAUGGUGCUAUAGGAUGAACUUGAUCCGACGUGGCUUGGAUGUUUCGGCACAUGUAUUUAUUACACGUGUGCUUUGUAAUUUAGGUAACAUCAUUAGAGUUUGAACUUGGUUGUACCUGAAAGACACUGAGAUAGGAGUACAAUAAACUAAAAAUGCUGCUUUAACAUAUGUGUGAGAGAGAGCAUUUGCUGCUUCUGUAAUGGCAAGGUAAACUACUGACCCACUUAAACAUCAGCACAAGUAGAUUCAUAUAUUAACAAGUAUUGUUGAUGAUAUUAUGGAUGUUUAUGCUUGAAUAAAAAAGAAAGAGAAGAGUCA